AUGCCCAAGUACAAGUCACCAGCUACCCUACAAUCCCGUCUUAAUCGAUCACUCCAGAAGCACCUUGAACGUCCAUCCAAACCUCCACCCAAUCAACGAGCUAUUCAAAAGGCCAAUCUCAUCAGUCUCUACGGUCUCCCCAUGGACUCGAAGUUCCUGUUUUUUCGGAAGGGACGAAGUUAUGGGAAGCCUCGCUUCAGUUUAACAUAUGGCACAGUUGUUUGUCUUGAUUAUGAUACAUCUGAGCUACUGCUGGUUGUACGAUUUGUAGAGAAGGGGAGUGUCUCCGAGGAGAUUUACAAUGCUUAUAAUCAUUCAAUCAGCACGAUCUACCAGCAUGCCAAAGCUAGAGGCGAAGUGAAAAAUAAUGGAGCUACCUACCGGGCAAGGAGACUCGGUCGCAAAUAUGGUCGAAUGUUUGCUGCCGGUUUUCGUCCUGGUUAUGAUACGGAGGUCAAAGGAGGUCACUAUACUUGGAAUGCCACGACUGCAAAUGACCUCUGGAAGAUGGAGGCCGACCUGAAAAGACAGGGUAACCUGCCCGCUAUCGAAUCCUUCUUCGCUGAGAGAUUCAGUGGCCUUUCCUUAUACGCCUUCGAGUCUAAUGCUGCCCUUGCCAGUCGAACGAAUGCCCCUUCUUGGGCAAGCGAAUCCUUCUAUGUCGAUUUGGAUUCUUCCGAUGGAGUAGUUGAAAUGUUGUGGAACUCUCAAGUCCAUCAUCACACUUCGCGCUCCAAAACUUACAAUGCAUUGAAGGAACAAGUCCAACCAGAGUCGGCCGAAAUCACACGUUUCGGUUGCUCUUGUCAAAUCUCCCAGGCAUUGGUCAACCGCCUUGAGAAAGUCAAAAUCCAGCAAGAGGCGAUGAGUGAAAGCGAAGGACAAGCAUAUCAAGCAAGGGUUUUGACUGGUUAUGCGGAACAAGCUCAUCUCAAGAUGAAGAAAUUGGCUAUCAAGUUAGGCAUAUGGCGAAAUGAUUUCUAG